UCGGCUCUCGUAUAGGGUGAAUGGGCCCGUGCGUGUUGGAGCAGACCUCCCGUUCGCCCGACGGACGAACGAGCAAUCCAUCCCAUUCCUCUGCGCGUGCGGCCGCCACCACUACCACCACCACCACCCCGCUCAGCCACAUUCCCAUUGUUCCACGCAGCGCCAGGGAGCAGCAACAGCAGCAGCGACUCUCUGCAAGCGGCAGCGGCAAACAGCAGCAGGAACGCACACACGCAGAGACCCACGCGCCGUGGCCUCGUUCGCACGGACGGGCGGAGACGGAACAAUCUCAGUUCAGCAGCAGCAGCAGCAGCCGCCGCAACAACCACCACCACCACAACCGAAACAAUAACCGCAGCAGCAAAGCCAGCAACGAGACACGGGGUGGGGAACUCGGAGGAAGAAAUCGCGAGAACUUUCGCUGCUUUGUUUUUGGGGGGAACUGGGGGGGGGAGGCGUAAUUUUCUGUGGCUUUUAUUUAUAUUUCUGGUGAGGGGUGAGCUGCUUGCCGAGUUGGUGAGCUGCCGCUUUGGGCUAAGCUGCCUAAAUUGACUAGCUGCUGGGCUGUGCUGGCUGUGGCUGGAUUAUUGGCGAUCUGCUGGCUUCGCUGACUGAUUGUCUGGACGAGUUGGCUGGUCUGGCCGGGUAGUUAAUUGUUGAGCUGCCUGGAUGAUUUGCGACCUGCCGACACUCAAGCGGCCGGCCGGCCGAUUGCGAUUCGUUUGAGCCCUCUCCUGCGGUGGCUUUGGCUGUUUUUUUUGUGAGCUGGCUGGCUGCUUGAUUGCGGUGGAGUUGUGAGCCGCUUAGCUUCUUCUCCUUGCCUUCGUCGAGUGGAGGAAGGAGGAGGGGGAGGGGUGAGGGAAAGGGGAGAGGAGCGGGUGGAAGAGAUGGACGCGGGCCGCCUGCUCUGCUGGGAGAGCGAGCGACCGGAGAAAAUCCGUAGGGCCCCUCUCGACCCUCACCUCGUGUGCGACCGCGCGCUGCGCAACCUCCUGCUGGCCGAAGAGCGAUACGCGCCCAGCCACAGCUACUUCAAGCACGUGCAGCGCGACAUUAAGCAGCCCAUGCGGCGAAUCGUGGCCACGUGGAUGCUGGAGGUGUGCGAGGAGCAGCGCUGCGAGGAGGAGGUGUUCGCGCUCUCCAUGAACUGCCUCGACCGCUACCUCUCCACGGUGCCCACCGCCAAGUCGCGCCUGCAGCUCCUGGGCGCCGCCUGCAUGUUCCUGGCGUCGAAGCUGCGCGAGACGGUUCCGCUCACGGCCGAGAAGCUCUGCAUCUACACCGACCACUCGGUGCGCCUGCACGACCUGCUGGACAUGGAGCUGCUGGUGCUGACGCGUCUCAAGUGGGACAUCUCGGCAGUGACGCCGCACGACUUUGUGGAGCACGUGCUGGACCGGCUGCCCCUGCCUCGCGAGAGCGUGGACCUCGUGCGCAAGCAUACGCAGACGUUCAUCGCGCUCUGCGCCACAGAUUUCAAGUUCGUGACGUACACCGCGUCAAUGGUGGCGUGCGGCAGCGUCGCGGCGGCCGUGCGAGGUCUGCGUCUGCACGUGCAGCACCCGGCGCUGUCCCCGCAGAGCCUCACGCUGCGACUUGCCAAGAUCAUCCACGCCGACCCGGACUUCCUGCGCGCGUGCCAGGAGCAGAUCGAGGGCCUCCUCGAGCACAGCCUGCGGCAGGCCCACAGCACGGGGCCCGCGGGCGGCCCCGACGGCGACCCCAAGGGCCUGGAGGAGCCCGACCUGGCCUGCACCCCCACGGACGUGCGCGACGUCAACCUGUGACGAACCAACUGCUGGCGGGCGCCGCGGAAAGAAGACGGCAGAAGAAGAAAACGCACGGCGGGCGAGAGACUGACCGUCGACCGCGGCAGCGUGCGUCGCCUAAUAAUACGACGACCGCCGCCUGUGCUGCCCCUCCUCCUGCGCCAGCCGACUGCUCCUCGCGGCGGCAGCACCAGCAGCAAGUCCGUGUGCCUUCCGGAACAGGGCGGCUCGUGUCCAUCGCGAUGCGGCUCGGGCGGGUGUUGUGACGCGCCCGGCCAGGUGCCGGACGCUUCCUAUCCGCCGCUUGGGGUCUCGCUCCGUGUCUGCACCUGCCGUCCCCCGCAUCCAUCAAAAAAACGAUCGCGACUGGGGGGGGGGGGGGGGGGUCGGCGGGUGGUGCUCGUCUUCUCCGCUGGUGGUACCCAACAAACAAACCCAGCAGCGCCAAUCGGCGCAUCCCUUUGGCGUGGAAAGACUCGCUUUGGUGCCCGCAGGACCGACGCUGUGGAUUUUGUCGCGCAAGAUAGUGCUUGUUGUGUCGGCGGCCUUGGAGAGGGGGGUGGGGGGGGGAAAUAAAUAUGAUAUUUGAACUUGGAACUGUAGGAUUGAAUUGAAACGACUGCCUUGACGACGUCGCCAUCCGAAUGGGACGAGUCGUUGGCAAGGAAAGAGACGGUUGAAGGAGAGCGGACCAUGUGCGCGCACUGCAAGAUUUCAAUCCCUGCAAGAUGCGCGUUUAUCUCGUAAUUUGCAGGAGAUGUGAUUUUGUGCUUUUUUAUUGAUUGUUUUUUAUGGUUGUUGGGGAGUUGCUGCGAAUGCUGCGGGCUGUUGUGGGAGGGGGUGAGGGGGGAGAAGGGAGAAGGAAGACGACAGAAAGAAGAACUGAAAUAAAUUCGCCCAUUACCCACUCACAAAGGGACCUCUGAAAGGGAAAUAAAACAAAUAUAAAAUUAAACAGCGCAGCAGCGCUGGCGUGGCGUUAGCGACGUGCCAUGCUUUGCCGGUAUUUGGGACAACUCCCUGAACAGAGAGUGAAUGGGCAAAACAAUGUCACAGAGAGAACAUCGUUCUUUUAUUUUUGACGAAAAAUAAUUCACCUGGAAAAUCCCCUUUGCCGAGACGGAACAUCUUGUUUGAAAGGUUGUCCGGGUUGUCAUUUGAGGCGAUGUGCACCCUCACCGCGUGCAAAUCGGCGCCGCGCAAACCUAAACCUGUUCUGAGAGCGCUUGUUUUUUUCAACCGCAUUACGCACGGACUUUGGAAGGUCUUUGAUCGUGCUGUGGCACACAAUGUUACCACGCUUUUGAUAUCCAAGAACCUUCUGUUUCAGGUAGCAAAUAACCUCCUUCGGUCAGCUGACAAGCGGCUCGCGAGUGCACGAGUCAUCCUCGAUCUGAGCGCCGCAUUUGUCUCCAUCAAUCAUCCAAAUUCUUCUCCCACGCCUUGAAACCCUUGAUGGGAAUUUCUCUGCUCAGCCCUGUGAUUUGGCUUCGCUCAUUCACCACAACACAAUCUGUCUCGCAAAAAUGGCUGCACAUCAACCGUCGAACCAGUCCUUGUAUGGUGUCCCACAGGGCUCCGGCCAUGGACUCCUGAUUCUCAAUAUUCACCUCGUGCCCCUGAGUUCAUUGCCUAAGCAACUUGGACUGAUGUCACGCAGAUAUAUCCCCACCUCUCCUCCCACCCGCGAUGCACGGCAGCCGACUCCCAACUUCACUAUAACUAAUGAAGUCAUGGCUGAACCAGAACUACCUAUACAACUCAACAUAGCCAAAACCAAAUAUUUUUUUCUCCUCGAUCUCGUCCUUCUCUCGUGUUGACUAUCGCAACGCUCCGUUGCUCGCGGUUCCGACCGAUGUCUUGGGCCGACUGCAGCUGGCCCAGAACGCGGCUGCCGGGGUGCCCACGCGGACCCCAUCCCGCGAGCAAAUUCAUCGCCCCAAUAAUAAUAAUAAAACCUCUGCAUUGGCUUCCAAUUAAACGGUCCUGCGGUGACCGAUGGAGGCUCUGCAUGCGCUGCGCCGAGACGAUGGAAUGCCCUGCCCCACCACCAGUUGUUAAGACAGGCGAGGUCGCCUGCCCUGUCUCGCUUUCCUCUAAAGACCUCGAACUGUUUUGCCUGCAGGGCCUACAGUGAACUCCGGACUACCUUGUAGUAUUUAUAUUUCCUAACUCCGUGCACGGCGCACCGAGACCCCUGCAUGAAUUGCGCCUUCGUAAAUGUCAAUUAUGAUUAUCAUCACAGUGCCUUUCUCGUCUUGUCGGAUGGGGAGCGUCUUUGCUGCGCUGUAACCUCCCUGCCUUCAUAACUUUGAGAGGGGGGGGGGGGAAGGAACCCUUGACCCUCCUGCCCUGUCGGGGGAGGGGGGGGGUCUCGCCCACAGGACUUUUUUUUGUGAGACCACGUUGCGUGUCAUUGCCGAUGCGUGACCACAUGACCAGCGAUUGGAAGCAUCUGUCUGUUUGUGCGGUCUUGGAAAUGGAAAAAAGGUUUUCUUCUAAAAGAGAAAUUGCCUCGUAAAAUGCGUCGUGGCUUUAGAGCUGCUAAGAGAGGUGGUGUGUGCGGUAAGAGCUGCCAUUUCACUCCGUUUAAAUUAGAUUUUGUUGCAUUUGAAACGUUUUCAAAUGUUGUCAUUUUACUGCCACUGUGAGCGCAUUCACUGCCAAGUUUGUGCCUUCCCUGCGCUCUGCAUUCGUCGACAAACGGCAACACUUUGAAGUGUAACCUUUCACUUCCUAAAGGGUGCCCGCCCCACUUCUCCGAUUGAAAUCGAAGCCAAUAAUUCGAGAGCUCCUCGUUGGUCGAUAAGCGUCGGCCGCUUCACGUUCGUAUAAUUUUUUGCCGCGAAUUUAAUCACAAACGUUUCCGUCUUUUAUUUAAACGAGCAAUAAGGCCCCCCCCCCCCCGCCAAAAUAAUGCUGCUCGGGGCUCGUUGGGAGAAUGAAGCCACGCGUCUUCGUGAAUCACUCCGCAUCAAAUCACACGGCAGAGCACUUUUUUCGCCUCCCUUUUGGGUCGAGAUUUUCGACCCCACCCCCCCCCCCCCCCCCACGUGUCGAGGCAGGAAAAUGGCGAUGGGAGUGUUUCGAGAAGAGGGAAGCACACGUGUGCCAUGUGUGUGGGGCUCCUUUUCUGUUGUUACCUCCUCGUGGGAGCAGGGGCAGCCGACGCUCGCUCUGUGUGUCGUCCAAUUUUCGUCAAAACAUUCCAAAAAUAUAUAAAUAUAUAUAGCGCCUAAAACAAAAGUGGGGGGUGGGAGGUAAAACACGACGGUCGUAACCGAUGAUGCAUUCCGCAAGCGUCGCCUGCUCGUUUUGUGUAUAAACUAGCGGCAACUGUUAACUAGGUAAAUAAUAAGGGUGUGUUAAACAUUCCUGAGUUGUGAUACGCAAUAGAAAGAUUGUAGACUGGUAGGGAGGCGCUAGGCAUCGUGUACCGUUCGUAGGGCAAGAGACGAAAAUAAUAUUUCGCGGAGAAAUAUCUCGAUUAUUUGCUGUCAAGUGUGGUUACAGUUCUGCCGAAGGAUUCGGUUAGUUUUUUACGAGGUUGUAGGGGCUAGGUGGUAAGUGUUUCCCAGCUGGGAGUGAAAUGAAUGUGACGAGCGUGUUUCGUGGAGGGCAACUCCGAUGUAAGUUGGCUAUUUUGGAUGUGUUGCGUGGCAUGCUGUGUCCGCCCGCGGGCACGCUGGGAGCGAGAGGUUCUGGCGGUUGAGGCGGCAGGGUUGUUGUAUGUUGUUGUGCGCUGGUGGCGCAAACGCGACCGCGCGUGUUGCGAGCGUCAGGACGUCGCGUGGCAUCUGGGCCCCGUGGAGCCGUGCGCUGCCGGCUGGAGGACCCAUCCCCGAGUUUAGCGGUGUCGGGGAGGACGAGAUGGGAGAGGAGGAGGCCAGAGAAGAGGAGAGAGGGACUUUGAUGAAUAAGAGAGACUUCGUGGAGGUUUUGUGUAGGGGGGUUUGGGUACAUCCCUGGCAUCUCCCGCACACGGACAAAAAGCGAGAACGCUGAUGUGAGCGCGGGGUGCGGGGACUUGGGGAAUGAAAGGACCUCGCGAGACGAGCUGCGCGAGUUGCUAAAGCUGCUUGACAUUUUUUUUUAUAAUCAGUGCCUGUUGCCGUGACGUCGGUUUAUAAAUAUUAACCUUGUGCUGCUAUUUUAUUAAACACACGUUGUAUGACCUUUUAUUAUUAUUAUCAUCAUCAUCAUCAAAACAAUGACCUUAAAUAUAGUAGACCAGUUUAUUUUAAUCGUUUUUUUUUAUUGAAUCCGAAUGUUAACGUCGCCGCGGUUGUAAAUUAAACGUGCCCGUUUUUGUGUAACCAUCGCUAACCCCAUUCACCCCCUCCCCCACCCCCCAAAAAAACCCCCUGCGCUGUGCCACCAACAAACCGGACCCACCCACCCCUCACUUUGCCCAAAUCUGCAGAAUGACGAGGUACUGUGCAGUCGCAUCAAGGUGGCCGGUCGGGCAGGAUCGUGAGGGGGGAGGACAUUCAUAAUGGCCCGUGUCAGAGACACUGAAUCGGCACUGUUGGCCAACAUCGUUUCGACUUGUUCCUCAAGCCACCAAUGCGUGGGAUUGGCUUCUGACGUGUAUUGUGUCCACGGCGGUCUGAUUGUUGCCUGCAAACAAGUGCACCACUAACCGUAAGAAUUAACAAAAACGUUAUCGCUUAAAUUGGCCAACCCCAGCUCUUGACGGCUGGAGUAGAAAAUCUAAAUAGUUUGAGUGGCUGACAGAAGGCGAAACUGUUUCUUUGAAUCAUGGAUCGCCUUCUGAUAUUGAACUGGCAGAAGGAAAAUUAUCGGUGAUGAAAUCUCAACUCUCCGUUUGUGUCUUUUUUGGGUCGUCGUACCGCGCGUCUGGUUCGGCAAGGUGUCCCGACGUUUCGCUCCACGACGAGCUGGGAGUUUCGUCGGGAACUAGAUCGUUCAGUUUCGGAAGAACACUGAGAAUGCAUCGGAGCUGUGUCCAGCGCAGCUGUGAAAAUCCACCUGCUCAUUUUCAUGUCGAGUUGAGGUCCCUGCAAAGUCAAGCUCUGGAGUGUGCCAUUGUGCGCCUGUUCCAUUAUAAUUUAUAGAUUUCAGGCACGGACAUACAGUAGGUAGUAUUUGUGCAAGUUGCUAACGUGGUGCGCAUGUUUCUAGCAAACUUUGGCAAUGUGGAUUGAUCGAUCAACUCUUCGUCCGUCCUCCCCUUCGAUUCGAUGUUUUCCCAUACGGUGGGGUGGAGUUUGAUCAGCCACGGUUUAUGAGUUCGUGUCCAGUUUGGCAAGUGGACAGCGUCAUGAGUAGCCUGGUGAAUAUCUGAAACUCUGCCGGUGAAUGAUCGAAGCGGGCAGUGGCGUUAACUGUGUGGGUCGACGGUUUUGAGUUUGGCGAUCGAGUUCCAGCGGUUGGAUACUCUCACAGUUUUGCCAUCUGUGCAAGGGGUUUUAUAUUCCCUUUUUUGGCGGGGGUGAUUGUGAACCAAAGGCCCCCCCCCCCCCCCCAACUUCACCGCUCGCAAAGUUGGAACAGGACACUUUCUGGACUCAACUCCGUUGUUUCGGCCACUCGCCGGAGAUACGCCGCCCGGGUCGGACACAUUUCUCCGUGCGCGCCCUCCUCCUGAAACCGCACCGCCGUCAGCCAACGCUUCACGCCCGUCAACCACGCGCUAACGAUGAACUAAAACCGUCACGCGACUAUUUUAUUUCUCAAGUUUUCGUUUAGCUUAGUCGCAUCGGGGGCGGCGGGGGGGGGGGGGUGUUGUUUUUUUUUGAAAGUGAGAAGCAAAUUGAGCGGAGAAGUUGCGCACGAGGGGUGGAGGGAAAAAGAUUUCGCUCAACUGCCGCCACAUCCCCCAAUAGCACCGGACACACGACCGGCUAAGUUGACCCGACCCCGCGGCAUUAACACAUUAACAACGACUUUGCAUUGUUGUUAAUGUUUCUCACACGUUGGCGACCAUGGCACAGGAUAUGGCUCGUUGAAACCUCUUUUAAGUGAUGGUGAUGAUGUAAUGUCUAGCUUUUUGUUGUUGUUGCCGUUAUCGUUUUUAAUUGUAAGCAUUUUGGUGGAUGUCGUCGAUUUCAUCGUUCUUACUCUCCAGAAAGAAAGAAAAAAUGCCAUAUUCAGUACCUCACCUGAGCUGCUAACACAGAUCACACGGAUGAAUGGGUGCGUCCGCUACGAUGGCCGCUUUUGUUUAUGUGACGUUUGCUGCUCUCCUCACCACGGGUGCUUCAGUGCCACCACGAUGGCCAGGGUGCCCCCCUCAUGCUGGCAUUCACAAACCGUACCCCCACCACGUUUUCGUGCCCCCCCCCCCUGCCCACGUAUACACGAGAGGGUUCAAGCCGCCCCUUGCAGAUGUGGACACGUGACAAACCAGUCUCCAAACAGGGUCUUUGGACGAUAGGCCAAAGAGAGACGAAUCUCUAAUGGCAGCUGACGACCGUGGGGGGCUUUAUGUGAUGGACCAAGAGACCAGUCCGGUGGGUUUUAAGACCACGGACUGACAAGACUAUGAUGAUCGUCUUAAAUGCACCGACACACUAAUCCCCAAUGGGAUCUUGAGAAAGUAUUGUAAAUUGACAAAGGUGGGUCUCCGAUGGGCAUUGGUUCUCCUUUUUCACCGCCUUAAUACUGUCGCUUCAUAUAAUCGGCUGUUUCUGCUCUAUGCCAAAUUGAUUUGGGGUAGCAUCAUUCUUGGGUUGAUUUGAUUACGUAACCCUUGAAUUGAAACGAACCUAAAUUUGCAGUUUUUGUGAUCGCAAUUACCUUGCGGUGGACAUACAAGGUAGUUUUGAUUUGGACACAGCUCAGCUGGUGGAACGGUAGGGUCCCAUUCAAGAGAUAGCGAGUUGCGAUUGUCCAUCGUGAGUGAUUUAAAUGAGCAUGACCUGGGCCAAUGCCUCACGGAAAGUCACGAGCCGUUGUCCAUGUGAAGUUUCCAACACUGUCUCACCAGCGUCUUAAGAUGCGCCGCUGUCCAAUACCCUUUGAACUAUGAUCCCACAUUUGAAGCUUUCGUGACUGCAGGAAUCCAUACUCUUUGGUUUUUUCGCCUACUUCAGCAGUUUUUUCUUGCUGUGGUUGUCCCACCUGAUGUUCGAUUGCUUGUGUGGCAAUCGAAACGUCGUGAUCUAUUAUUUUUCUACCUACGUGACUUUUUCCCCGAAAGAACAAAAGAGUAUGAUCCCACAAUUUAAAUUCUGAUUUAACUGGGCAAAGCCAGUGUGCCGGUGGUGGGAGUACGGUUCGUAAGUGUGCAUUCCCCGUGCCACUCUCGCAAUAAACUUGAAUGCAAACACUGAGUGCGGUGUCCGUGCGCGACGUUGUGGGUAUUUGUCGGUCACACAGCUUGGUAUGUGUGCGUGGAAUUUUAAAAAGGGGCAUUGAGUGCUCACAAAGUUAUUAAUUCAAACAUUUCUUUUAAUGGAAUUGUCCAUUUGACCAUCUUGCACAGCCUUUGUCAACACAAUAAAGUUUGCAAGGAAA